CACUGAAUAACGUUAUUUAAAAUUUUAGCAGUGAAAUUAGUAUUGAAACGAAAUUAAUAAUACCCAUCGGAUACGCCGUUUAUUGUGCGCGGAAGUUGCAACAAAUCUAUUGAAAUACGUUUAAUCGGGUUUAAGGUACUUUAACUAUUCGAAAGUUAUAUGUUUCGCAAUAAUGCUUUAAUUAAAUGAUUUUUGGCUGGUUACUUUCUUCAACAUGUACAUCAUACACACAAUAUUUUCCAUCACUUUAUUGAUUUGCUUUUGCCAAAAUGUAUUUGUAUUGGCACAGCCCGUUGGUGAUGAGCUUAGCACAUGCGAAGAUCAGCUUACAAAAUAUCGUCGCUUUUUACUACAAGCCAUUUUAAGCUUUGAAGAUGURUGUGAUGCUUACGACACACAUCCACUUAAUCCACUUGAAGUUUUAUAUAGUCAAGACCAACAAGCCUCCGCUAACGCGCCGCUUUUCCGUGCACUACAAGGGGGCAGCACCGCCAGCGAGCAACGUAAUGAAAUUUGGGCUUUUUUCAAACUAUUGAUGGCACAAUUUAACGAUAUGGAUUUUGCCAACAUCAUUAAGGAGGCAGUUAUUGAUCGUUGUCGCAUGAAAUCCCAACUGCAACAUGACGAAAAACGCAAUUCCGUUGUGUUGGGUAAGAAGCAGCGGUUCCAUUCGUGGGGCGGUAAACGCGCACACCUUUCGGCUGACGACCGAAGCAUGGACAUGUUGUAAGCGGGAGUAGCUGGUUUAUGGAUAUAACACAUUUAAUAACAUCUUCARAAUACUUUACGGGCUGGAUACCUUUGUUUAUUGUAUAUAACUAUCAAAUAUUUUAACACAAACACAAAAGCAUGUAACUUUGAAACUAUUGCAUGUU